AUGCAGUUGAUGCUCACCUUUGUGGGCGUGGCGCUUGCCAACUUGGCUGCUGCUGGUCCUUGUAAGCCUAGCAAGCCAACGACUGUCAACAGUCUUUCUCUCACUGCCCCGACCACCGAGAUUUCCCACAGUUCCAACGUUCCAAGCCUGUCGCUUCCCGAAUCCGCUACCACUACCCAAGAAUCCGAAGUCAUCAUCACCAACACCUUUGACGGAGGCAGCUUUGCCCAACGCGAUCCUAACACGCCCAGUGGCCUCACUGGCGUAAACACUGAGGGGCAGGUCGAGUUCCACUCUGGAGGUUGUUAUAAGGGAGACGGCAGCAAGGACGAUGGUUGUGCUGCCUUGUCUGCUACCGGAAACCCCGCUGGCAAACGUGACCUCGGGUCUUUUGCCAGCAUGUUCCAGACUCUCAACUCCCUCAGCACCGGUCAACGCAACAAGUACACUGUCCAGUUCUACUACCUUGUCUUCUCUGCUGGAACUCAAGCCUGUACCAUCAGUGCGACAUUUGGCAACAGACAGUUCUACUCUCAGUCCCUCCUCACCUUGGGCGGAAUGAACAUGCAAUGGAACCAAGUUCUUCAGCAGGUUGAGGCUGACUCCUCCUCUGCCAGCUUUGCUAUCUCCAUGUCCUGCAGUGGUCAGGGCAUCUCCAUGAUCUUGGUUGACUCGAUCUUCAUCUCCAACCAAGUCACUCCCGAUAACAUCGGCGACUUCAAACUUGACCUUGGCGGUGGUGCUGCUGACCCUGAGCCUAUCACAACCACCGAGUCUGCACCUGCGUCUGCCUCUGCUCCAGUGACUGUCUCUACUACUACAGAAGCAGGUGGCGUUAUGGAGUCUAAGACAUCCUCCGCUGAUGGUUCCCCUUCAACGGAAGGCCCUCGCACUGUCAGCGACAGCGCUCCCAACACUCAAGAACACGAGACUUCCACUAAUGCCCCCUCUCAUACUGAGAAUGCUACCACUCAUGCUGAGGAGCCCGUUUUGACAAACCCUCUUUCCAACACCGUCGAGCCUCAGACGGCGAGCAGUAGCUUCCCCCUCGGCCAAGAGUCCCAGACCGUCACAGAUGCUGCUUCGGAUACUGAGGCAGCUACUGCUCAUACCGAAGAACUCGUCUCUACAAACCCUCCCUUCAGCACCGACGAGACGUCGAUUGCGACCAAUAGCUCGCCUCACACUCAAGGGUCCCAGACCUUCAGUAAUGCUGCUACUGCCACGGAGGACCCUUCCACUCAUACCAAGGAACCCGCGUCGACAUACCUCCCUUCCGCCACCGCUUCCCAGGAUGCAACUGAGGCCUCCUCCAUCACCACUCAAUCUCAGGGUUCCAAACCAACCACAUCCGAUGAUGUCCAAGAAAUUAGCCCUACCUCGCCUGUAGGAAGCUCAACUCAGCCUGUCGAGCCAACAAAAACCGCUUGCAAAGCAACAUGCGCGACCAUUGACAACGCCCGGCAUCAUGUUGCAGACUGGAACUGCGCUGUUUAUGGAGUGUAUAGUGGCAGUGGUGAAAUCAUCCCUGCUCCAGGCCAGGAGCCCGAUAGCGAGGGCAACCGAGUCUACUACAGUAAUCCCGGAGAAUGUGCUGAACUCUGCAGGGCCAUGCCAGGCUGCAAGACAAUUGGCCACCAGUUUGCCGGGGCUUUGUGUUUCCUCUCAACCAGUGUUAUUACUGAGGCGGAGGUCCGCCCAGUCUGGAGUGAUGACAGAGAUGUUGACUGGUAUGCAUUGGAUAAAUGCUUCACAUGCUCUGGCUGCGAGUCUGGUUCUGCCGAUACAUCUGCUCCGGCGAUUGCCUCGACCACUCAAGUCCCCACGCAGGUUGCAACAACCAAGUCCAGUGAGCCCACUGAAACUGUUUGUCAGCCAGCGUGUGCCCUGAAGGACGACUGGUACGAUCACGAUUGUCGGGUCUAUGGCGAUUACACGGGCGACUUCUACGAAUUCCCUGGACAGGAUGGGUGGAUUGGAAAAGCUUCUGGGUCCGAGGAUUGCAUGGCCAUGUGUAAGUCCACACCGGGCUGCAAAUCAGCCGGUUUUGCUCAAAUGUUCCGCAAGUGCUAUGGGUCCAACAAUGUGGUCACUCAAGCAGACACCCGUGAAGCGACGAGCGACAACAUUGACAAGGAAUGGUGGGGACCGCAGUGCUUUAACUGUGUUAAUGAUAAGUGUUUUGGUUCGAGUGAUGAGACAACCACUCAGGCUCCUGAGCGAACUACCUUUACUACCAGAACUUCUGCGCCCGCGACAACAACCACAGCUCCUGCUGAUAUCUGUAUCUACAACCGCGGGCAGUACUGUGAGUUUAAUCGGUUCAAGGACCACGGCGAUACUGUUUGCGUCUGGGCUGGCACAUACCCCGGCGAGACAUACACGAAGACUCGCGAAGAAUAUCCCUACCAGGAUGAUCCUUAUCAGUGUAUCGCCAUCUGUCAGACACUUGAAAACUGUGAAUCCGCUGGAUAUUACUCCACCGAGAACCGCUGCCUGUUCUCCGCCAAGGAACUCAAGAAAUCAGACAUGGUUCCAGGCGCUCACAACUUCGAUAACUCCCUCUGGCUAUCGAACUCCUGCGUCAAUUGUCCCACAUGUUCCAACUCUGCUCCUCUGCCCCAGACGGACAAGUGUUCUUACAAGCAAGGCGACACAUGCACACGCAAGGCAGGCAAGGAUGGUGCUUUGUGCAACUACCAAGGAAUGUGGGAGUGGUACAAUCAGCAGAGCCUCGAGAGGUACCCUGAUCAGAGCUCUCCCGAGAAAUGCAUGGCUAUUUGCCAGGCGACGGAAUAUUGCAAGGGCUCUGGGUACAAGGAUGGUCGAUGUAUGUUUUCUUUCGGAGAGCUCAAGACGGCCAACUUCAGAGAUUGGCCUGACCACUCGCGGGAUGGUACUUGGGAUGAUCCUUCUUGCUUUGAGUGUCCCGGUUGUACAGAGUAA